AUGAGUUGGUUGACGGUGGUGCCCAUCGUUACCGCGAUAAACUAUGUGUGUGGUCUCUUGGCGAUUGCUUCUUUCUGCUGUAUUGAUAUAUAUGGCCAGGAUGAAGAGGAUGAUGAGUUAUCUCCAUCUCCAAUAAGCGAAGUAAGCGAAACGCCAUUAUCGUCCAUCAUCUAUGGCUCCUGCAGGGAGUGGGAGGGUGAUGAAUGUACUGUUUGCUUGGAAGGAUUUCUGCAAGGCCAAUGCUGCCGCCUUCUGCCUAACUGUCAACAUCUAUUCCAUGCCAAAUGCAUCGACGUCUGGUUUUUGAAGGCGUCGACCUCCCCCAUUUGUCGUACUGAAGUUGCCCUCAAGGUUUCCAAUAAUGGGUCUUCUGCUAAUUAG